AUGAAAGUCCAUUAUUUUAAUAUAUUAUUAUUUCCCUUUUCAUUAAAUAUAAUGUUGUUGUCAUCACAGGUAUAUAAUCAAAGGAACCAUUACAUAACACUUCAUAUGCCAAACACAGAAUCAAUAAAAAGACAUAGAUCUUUAUGCGAAUGCGACCUAUAUAUGCCUAAUUAUGACAAUGACCCACAAAUGAAAGAAGUGAUGGAUAAUUUCAAUAAACAGACACAACAAAGAUUUAAUGAAUAUGACGACCGUAUGAAUGAAAAACGCCAAAAACGUAAAGAACAAAGAGAUAAAAAUAUAGACGAAAUUAUUAAAAAAGAUAGAAUGGACAAAUCAUUAGCAGAAAAAGUAGAAAAAUGUUGUCUUAUAUGUGGGUGUGGAUUAGGAGGUGUAGCAGCAAGUGUUGGGAUAUUUGGUACAGUUGCUGUAAAAGAGUUGACAAAAGCUGCUAUUACUACGGCUACGGAAUUAGCUAAGGAAGAGGCCAUGGUUGAAGGUGUUGCUAAGGGUGCUGCGGCAGGUAAGGAAUUUGUUAUUGCAAAAUUACAAGAAAUGGGUAUAUCAACUCUACGUGGUAAUGUAUUUGAAACAUUAUUUACUGCACAAAAUUAUAAUAAUGUCAAAACCAUUGCUCUUGCUAUAAAUACUCAAUAUGACGCCUCGUCAUGUCCUAUACAUGGCUCUGGACCUAGUGAGACUUUUUGCGCUUUGGUGAAUCAAAAAUCUGUAGCUGCAUUGAAAGUUCAACGGAUGACUCAAGGGGGAGCUGUUUCAACGUAUGAAGUUAUAGAAACAGCUGUAAAACCUAUCGUCUCAGAAGCCGAAACUGUUGCUGCAGCAGCUGCAAAAAAGGCUACUGAAGAAGCUAUAAAAGCUAGCACUGAAGCAGUAGAAUCUGCAUAUGCUGCUUGUCAGACUGCUAUAAUUGCUUCUGUAGUUGCAAUAUUGGUAAUAGUUUUGGUUAUGAUGAUAAUAUAUUUAAUUUUACGUUAUCGUAGAAAAAAGAAAAUGAAUAAAAGAGCCCAAUACACAAAAUUAUUAAAUCAAUAA